AUGCGCUGCCGCUGGUUGGCUCACUUGCAGGGCACAGGGCAGCUGCUUCGAGGGGCGGUCAGGGCCUCCAAAGCGGUGGUAUCGGGCCGCACGGUGCCCCCUAUCCUUCAUCGCUGCCUGUCAGUGAGUACAACAAGUCGGGAGAACACCGUUUUCUGGCUCAGCUCUGGCGACAUAUUCCGCAAUCUAGCCUUUGAGGCCACUCUCUUUGCGGACAAAAAACGUUUUCAGAGGGACAGCACAGGAGAAGGACGGAGACUCGCGGACGCUGUGCUCUGGAGGAGCGACCCCUGCGUGGUGAUCGGUCUCAACCAAAACGCCUGGCUGGAGGCUAAUCCCCAAGAAGUGGAGCAACGAGGCUGGCGCCUAGCCCGACGCAGGUCCGGUGGUGGAGCUGUUUUCCACGACUUUGGAAAUCUAAAUGUCAGCUUUGUGGAGUCAAGGUCUACGCUAGAUCGACGUAGAUGCAUGGAAUUUCUGCAGAGGGUCCUGAUGCAACACUGGACUCAUUUGAACGUCUUCGUUGGACCCCGCUUCGACCUCUGGCUCCUUCCCACUGGCCUACCUGAUGCCUCUUUUGAUCGAGAAGCCAGCGUUUGCGGCAGCAUUUUUUCCACUUCAAAAUCACUCUAUUUGGUUUAUAAUGUUCGAAUUAUUCGGUCAAUAGUUACGAGAAUGCGCUUCCCAGGUAGUAAGGAAGAAGAUACACAGUCCCCGGAGCAGGAGAUUUAUUUUCUAACGUCGCUGCCUAACAGCCCCAUCCUCUGUAAGCUGUAG